GAGGCAGGCCGGUGAUUUUCCACUGCCGCUGAUGUCUCCGGUCCCCCGUUUUAAGAGACAAAUGUCAGAAAGAGAGGCUUAUAAAUAGGCUAAAAUAUAGGCUACCGACGCGUCCAGCCCUCAGUCGCUCUCACGGACACCGGAGGACACGGACAAGACGAACCGGACAAGGGACCGCGCUCAAAGGACAUUAAAAGGACAAAAUAAAAUACAAAAUCACAUCAACAGAGCAGAAUGGCGCAGAAAGAGAAACUUCAGUGUCUGAAGGAUUUCCAUAAGGACACUCUGAAGCCGUCUCCCGGUAAGAGCCCCGGCACUCGGCCUGAAGACGAGGCGGAGGGCAAACACCCCCAGCGGGAGAAGUGGGCCAGCAAGUUGGACUUUGUUCUGUCUGUGGCUGGAGGCUUUGUUGGUUUAGGGAACGUCUGGCGUUUCCCAUACCUCUGCUAUAAGAAUGGUGGAGGUGCAUUUCUCAUCCCCUACUUCAUCUUCCUGUUUGGCGGAGGUCUGCCGGUCUUCUUCCUGGAGGUCGCCCUGGGUCAGUUCACCUCCGAGGGUGGCAUCACCUGCUGGGAGAAGCUCUGCCCCAUCUUUACUGGUAUUGGUUACGCCUCCAUUGUGAUCGUUUCCCUGCUGAAUAUCUACUACAUCGUCAUCCUGGCCUGGGGCCUCUACUACCUGUUCCAGUGUUUUCAGCCGGAGCUGCCCUGGGCCAAGUGCAAUCAGCCCUGGAACACCGAACACUGCAUCGAGGACACCUACCGCAAGAACAAAACCCUUUGGGUGGCUGCCAACGCCUCCAACUUCACCUCCCCCGUCACCGAGUUCUGGGAACAUAACGUGCUGGGUAUCACCAGCGGUAUAGAGGACAUGGGUCAUGUUAAAUGGGACCUGGCUCUUUGUUUACUGCUCGUCUGGGUCAUCUGCUUCUUCUGCAUCUGGAAGGGAGUCAAGUCCACUGGCAAGGUGGUCUACAUCACAGCCACAUUCCCGUUUAUCAUGCUCAUCGUGCUGUUGAUUCGUGGUGUGACACUGCCGGGUGCUUCAGAGGGUAUCAAGUUCUACCUGUACCCUGACCUCGCUCGCCUGAAGGACCCAGAGGUGUGGAUUGACGCCGGCACCCAGAUCUUCUUCUCCUACGCCAUCUGUUUGGGCGCCAUGACGUCCUUGGGGAGCUACAACAAGUACAAAUACAACUGCUACAGGGACUGUUUGCUGCUGGGAGCCCUCAACAGUGGUACCAGUUUUGUGUCUGGCUUCGCAAUAUUUUCCGUCCUGGGCUUCAUGGCACAAGAGCAAGGGGUGGACAUUGCUGAUGUGGCAGAGUCAGGUCCUGGCCUGGCGUUCAUUGCCUACCCCAAGGCUGUAACCAUGAUGCCUUUUCCUACACUCUGGGCAGUUCUCUUCUUCGUUAUGCUGCUGCUGCUUGGCCUCGACAGUCAGUUUGUAGAGGUGGAAGGGCAGAUCACAUCACUGGUGGAUCUGUAUCCGUCCUUCCUAAGGAAGGGUUACCGCAGAGAGGUCUUCAUCGCUAUCCUCUGCUGCAUCAGCUAUCUGCUUGGACUCACCAUGGUUACCAAGGGUGGCAUGUAUGUUUUCCAGCUGUUUGAUUACUAUGCAGCGAGCGGUGUGUGCCUUCUGUGGGUGGCAUUCUUUGAAUGUAUAGCUGUUGCCUGGGUAUAUGGCGUUGAUAAUUUCUACGAUGCAGUCGAGGACAUGAUUGGCUACAGACCAAAUCCCUGGAUGAAGUGGAGCUGGUCUGUUAUCACUCCUUUACUGUGCAUGGGCUGCUUCAUUUUCUCCUUGGUCAAGUACAAGCCACUGACGUACAACAAGGUCUACAAGUAUCCGGACUGGGCCGUCGGAAUAGGUUGGACUCUGGCCUUGGCCUCCAUGAUCUGCAUCCCUAUGGUGGUGGUCAUCAAGAUCAUCCAGUCUGAUGGGCCCCUCAUUGAGAGGAUCAAGGCGGUGGCCGCCCCGGUUCGUGGCGGGGCCAGCUCUCGUCCCGCAGACCACCGUGGCCCUAAGGAGCUCUCCUACCCGCUGGACCCCAACGGGAACAAGGGCCUCCUGAUGAAGGCCCCCACCCACACCAUCGUAGAGACCAUGAUGUAAAGGAAUGAGGUGGAGGCUCUCCAUGAGAUCGCUCUCCUCUCCUCUCCUGUCCUCUAAACGCUUCUGAAGCUAGCUAGCUUUCUGUCUCUGUCUCUCUGUCUGUCUGGUGGACUGAUAAGGGUUUUAGGAAAAAAAAAAAAAGUUCCCGUUUCAAAUCUUUUAGGAGUACUUUGGAAGUAGUUUGCUGUUGGUGGUUUUCUCAAGAGGGUAGCAAUCACAUUUCAAAUCUAUUUCUGAAAUACUCACAAGCUGUUUUUUUUUUAUUUUUUAUUUUUAAUCUUCAUGUGACUGCACACGUCCCACUAUUGUCUUGCUUAAAGGCACAGUGGCAGAUUAGCACCAGCCUCCAGUCAGACGCUGGUUUGUUCCAGCACUUGUUCUAAAAAAAGAGAAGAAAGUGCUUAUUGAGUCUUGGAAUAAAAACUGCCUUUUGUAGCCACGACAUGAAAAAGAUUUCCUACACUGAUCAUCAAGCACCAAAAUACAGAUUUUUUUUCUUUUUGACUGUGAUACGAUGAAGAGGCUGCACUUAUCUGAGGCCACAGGGUUCAGCUUCGGCUGAUUCUGCUCUGCUGCGUUCAGCUGAGGCAGAAGAUCGAGGCACAAGUACAUAAUUAUUAACUAAAAACAUGUCACAAUUAGAGAUAUAUACUAUGGCUGCACAGUUAAUCGAAAUAUAAUCGAAAUCACAAUAUGGCCAAGAGCAAAACCCAAAUUGCAGGAGGAGCUGUGGUGAUACGGAGACGCCGCAGCCUACAAAUCAUAUUCUCCAGAUGUAAAGGAACAUGUAAACAUAUUUGUUUGGUUUGUUUGUUUGUUUUUCAGU